UCCUUCUCACCCUUUCGCCAGUCUCGGGGUCCUACAGUCGACUUGACAACGCUGUCAAAAUGGACAUGUUCGGUGGCCGCUUUGGCUUCGGUGGCCUGGGUGGCUUCAUGGGCGGCGGCCUUGACGAUCCGCGCUUCUCUACCCGACCCGAACACUACGAUGAGUUCUUCAAGGCGUACAGCAUGGCGAUGCUGCCCGGCAAGGAGCGGCCGAACGUCAGCUAUGGAGGAAAAAUCAUCUUGCCCACAUCAGCCCUCGCACGAUUGACCCAGAUGGAAAUUGAGAGUCCCUGGCUCUUCGAACUGCAGAACACCGGUGUCAACCUGGCCGACCAGAGGACGACACACGCCGGUGUCUUGGAGUUUAUCGCCGAAGAGGGCCAUGUUCACCUUCCAGCAUGGAUGAUGAGAACACUAAACCUCAGUGAAGGUGAUCCUAUUCGGCUUCGAGGCAAGACGCUACCGAAGGGCAAGCUCGUCAAAUUGGAGCCUCAAACGGUUGACUUCCUCGAGAUCGCCGACCCAAAGGCAGUUCUCGAAUCGGCCUUUCGCAACUUCUCGACACUGACAAAGGGCGACAUCGUCGAGUUCUCGUACAACUGCCUCACCUUUGAAGUUCUCAUCAUGGAGACGCAGCCAGAAGCAGAAGGGAUCAGCAUCAUCGAUACGGAUCUCGAGGUGGACUUUGCGCCUCCGAAGGGAUAUGUCGAGCCAAAGCGAGAGCCAAGGCCGCCACCGCCGACGAUGGCUAGCAAGCUGAACAUCGACACGGAGCGGUACGACAGCAUCAGUCCUAGCGGGACAAGCACACCGAAGAGCUCUGACGGCACUGUGGUAGGAGGAGGGGCCGGCGGGGCCGCAGCGAGCGCCGCAGAAGCAGCCGCAAGUGGACCUUUCAGGGGCGCAGGACAGAGCCUGAGCGGCAAGAAGCCAAAGGGAAAGGCCAACAAGGCCAUUGAGUCCGUCGACAAGUACAGUAUGAUUCGAAAAACCGACCAACCGAGAAUCGUCACCAAUGACACGCAGCUGGGCGAAAAGAAGGUGCCGGCAGCCUUGAAUUUGCCCUUUGGCAAGCUUUUCUUCGGCUACGAAGUCAUUCCGCUCGGUGGGAAGGAGGCGGCAGGGGGAGACCCAAAGGCACCGGCUGAAUCGUUCUCGGGCUCGGGUAACACCCUUUCAGGCAGAACACCUCGGGCAUCGACGAACGGUGGUGUCGCUGCAUCAUCAAGCAGCCCAGGUCAGACGUUAGGAGGGAGCGGCAGUGGAGAGGGCCAGCGCCUCGGCGGCAACAAGCCCAGCAACGGUCGAGACGACGACGUCAUUGAAAUCGACUCGGACUCGGACGAGCUGUAGAAGAUUCUGUCCUCCCUCCCAUUGUCCCCACCAGUGUCUUCCUCUCUCUUUCAAGUGUAAUCUAGCACGAGCUCGCAUUCUCCUGUCCAGCGUCCACCCUGUCUUCAUCUGUUCAAACUUCGCUCUCGGUAUCUUCCCGUCAGAAGGCCUCUCUUUCCGCUCCUUAGAGAGGUCUAAAACGGCGAUGCUGAUAAAUCCGAUUCUUCCAUUUCGAGAAUGUGAGUGAGUACGUGUGACAAAGAUAUGGGGCAU